UCCAUGCUAUAAUAGUAGGUGCUGUUGAAUUUCGAAUAUCUGAGACCAAACCAAAAUUUGGUUGAUGCUAUUGUUCAUGAUGGUAUUUGGGGUUUGCAACUAUAAAGCAUAAUACAUUAAAAGAAAGGAGCGAUCUAAGAGUCAAAGGAGAAUUUGGGAGAAUGUGCCAUAUGAUGCUUAUGAAAAGGAAAAGAUGGCUGAUUUUAUGAAAGUUGUGACUAAAAAUAAGGUUGUCUUACCUUAGAAGUACCUAUUUUAGAUUAAUCUGUUAGUUGGAGUGAUAGUGAUACGUUGAAGAUGGUGUAUUGUGGUAAAUUUAAGGACAAGAAUUACUUAAAAGUUUUGCAAUCACAUUUGGCUUGGAGGGCUAUUCCUAAUAAUUUCCAGCCUACUGAUAUCAACAUAGCUUUUUUAUAGAAAGGAAUAGUUUACACUUUCGGUAGGGACAAACAACAAAGACCCAUUAUAAUUAUGAAUCUUGAAUUGGUGAAUCUGAAACAAGUACCAAAAUUGAAUCAAUCUAUAGUUCAGUGAAGAAGUCUACAUAAAUGCUUUGAGCUAUUACUUUGGUAUCAUUAAGAAACACUGUUUUGUUCCUGGAAAAAUUGAGAAUUGGGUUUUCAUUAUGGAUACCAAGAAGCUUGGACUUUCUAAGUUCCCCUUCAAAGUAGGCUAUUGAAUUUAAUUUCUUAGGCCAUCCAAAUAGCUACUAAAACCAUGCAGGUGAAUUUCUGUGGUUGUUUAGAUAAACUUUACUUAUUGAAUCCGUCUAGUUCAUUGAGUUUUUCGUGGAAGAUGGUUUCUGGUAUGGCAUUGAAAAUUUAGGAUAGCUGUGGCUGAUGCGGAUACUAUGGAGAAAGUGUAAAUGCUUAAGCCUAAUGAAUAUGCAAAAAUUUAGGAGAGAAUUGCAGUUAAUUAAUUGGAAGAAUAAUUUGGAGGUACAUCUCCAAACCUAUCGAAAUUCUGGUUACUUUUCUAAUGCAUAUCGUUAGGCCACCUAUUAAUAUUGAUAUUCCAGGGGGAUAUACAGAGGAAAUUUUGAAGGCUGUCGAAUCUAUGAAAACUGCAGAAAUUGUAAUUUAGAAGGAAGUACCUGCAUCAGAGGAGGAUGAAAUGAAAUUGUAAGAAUAAAUUUCAAAGUUACAAAUUAAAAAAGAUGACGACGAUGAUGAUUGAUAAAGUAUAUUAAUGAAAUUAUACAUUCC